AUGGGCCUCGUGCGCUUCGCCAACGGGCGCGUCGUGCGCGGCGACGCGCUCGUCCGCGGCGACGUCUGGAGCCUCGACGGCGUCGUCGUCUGCCCCGAGGCGCUCUACUGGCGCGCGGCCUCGAGCGACGCGCUGGCGCACGACGUCGUCGACUGCGAGGGCUGCAUCGUCGCGCCGGGCCUCGUGGACAUCCAGACGAACGGCUGCUUCGGCGUCGACUUCGCGAGCCCGCGCGUCGAGGAGCGCGACGUGCGCCGCGCGGCCGCGGCCGUGCUCCGCCACGGGUGCACGGCGCUCGCGCCGACGCUCGUGUCGAGCUCGCGCGAAUUAUACAGAACGCUGAUCCCGCGCUACGCGGCCUGGACCAAGGCGCCGCCCGCGGGCGGCGCGGCGAUUUUAGGGCUCCACCUCGAGGGCCCGUUCCUCAACGAGGCGAAGAAGGGCGCGCACCUCGCGGAGAACAUCCCGUCGUCGUGCGCCGUCGGCGAGAUGGCCGAGCGCUACGGGUCCCUCGACGGCGUCGUCGUCGUCACGCUCGCCCCCGAGCUGCCCGGCGCGCCCGCCGCCAUCGCCGACCUCGCGAAGCGCGGCGUCGCCGUGAGCCUCGGCCACAGCCAGGCGACGAAGGCCCAGGGCGUCGCGGGCGUCCGCGCGGGCGCGUCGCUGCUGACGCACCUCUACAACGCCAUGCCCGCCUUCCACCACCGGGACCCGGGCCUCGUCGGGCUCCUGGGCCUCGCGGAGCACGACCGGCGCCCCUACUACUCCAUCAUCGCGGACGGCAUCCACGCGGACCCCGCGUCCGUCGCCAUCGCGCGCCGCGCGCACCCGGGCGGCGCCGUGCUCGUCACCGACGCCAUGGCCGCCAUGGGUUUAGGGGACGGCGACCACACGCUCGGCGACGACGUCCAGGUCACGGUCCGCGGGCUCCGCGCGACGGUCAGAGGCACGGACACGCUCGCGGGCGCGGUCGUGUCGCUCGACGAGUGCGUGCGCCGCUUCGCCGAGUUCACGAACUGCGGGCCCGCCGCGGCGCUCAACGCCGCGUCGGCGCACCCGGCGGCCGUGCUCGGCGACGCGACGCGCGGGUCUCUCGACGUGGGCAGGCGCGCGGACGUCGCGCUCUUCGACGACGACCUCCGCCCCGUCGCGACCUACGUCGCGGGCGCCAAGGCCUGGGGGCGCGACGAGGCGGAUAAACAAGGGGCUUAG